GUUUAUGGUAAUAAACGUACUUUUAUCACGGGCGUAGUGUACAUUCCUCCAGAUUUAGUAAACAACUCUACUACCAUGCAAACUAUCUGCUCCACCAUAGAUAAUAUUGCUUGUGCAACCACCGAUACGUUUCUCCUAUUCGGGGACUUUAACUUCCCCAAUCUUUCCUGGAACACCGAUGAUUCUAAUGUUCCUGCACUUCGAAUCAAUUAUGAGAACUCACGUAUUACGGAUAACUGUCGCUCUUUGCUUGACUGCAUCUACAGUAAUGGACUUUCUCAGAUCAACUUUAUACCUAAUGCAUCGAAUAACAUUCUCGAUCUCAUAAUUGUCUCUGACGAGAUCCUACAUUAUUGUGCCCCACCGGUGGUGUCACCUUUCCCUAUGGUUGCCGUUGAUGUUCAUCAUCCUCCUGUUGAACUACACUUAACUGGUGCUGGCAAUACAGCUCGUUCCUGGCGUUCUACCUCACCAAACCGUGAGUCCGGCACACGUAACUACAGGCGAACUAACUUUAUCCGUCUAGCUGAAUUGCUUCAAUCUACUGACUGGUCUUUCCUGGAAGGUAAUCCGGAUGUUAACUCAGCAUUGGAACUAUUUAACACAACACUACUGGCGCUUAUAUCUGAUUGCUGUCCUCUAAUGCCACCGCGUCGCAGUCCACCAUGGUCUGAUGCACGUUUACGCCGUCUAAAGCAAAACAAAGCGUCAUGCUUUCGCUUUUACAGUACAAAUGGUACACAACACUCCAAAUUAAGGUUCAUUGCUGCCCAGAAUGUAUAUAGAAGCUAUAACAGACAACUUCAUACUCGUUAUCUCAUUCGAGUGAAAUUCUCGCUCAUCAGACACCCAACACGAUUCUGGAGGUAUGUUGAAUCAAAACGCGGUAACAGCUCGCUCCCCGAUGUUCUCACAUAUAACAACGUCUCCACAAGCAGUAAGGAAGGCAUGUGCAACUUAUUUGCUGAUCGUUUCAAGGACUGCUUUACUACGGAUGAUGCAAGCUUAUCAUUAGAAGCAGCUUUAAAUAAUGUGCCCCGUGAUGUUGUUGACAUUGACGUACGCGAUAUUAUUAUCUCGGUAGAUACUGUACUACGUGCUCUGCAGCAGGUCAAAACCUCAUACAACCCUGGACCCGAUGGUAUUCCUACGGCAAUCCUUGCCAAAUGCCGCGAAUUUUUAGCAGAGCCUCUGUCUCAAAUCUACCAACUCUCUUUUGCACAAAGUACUGUACCCACGGCCUGGAAAUCCUCUGUGAUGUUUCCGGUGUACAAAAAAGGGGAUAAAAACUCUGCUGAGAACUACCGCGCAUGGUUUCUUUCCUCGACGCAGUGUUACCACAAACCUGGUGGAAUUCGUCUCCAACUGCCAUGCAGCCUUUACUUCCGGAGCUCAGAUGGAUGCAGUAUACACUGAUCUUAAGGCUGCGUUUGAUCGUGUGAACCAUCGCUUGCUGUUGGCUAAGCUCGCCCGGAUCGGUCUCUCUACUCCGCUGGUGAA